GAUUUAAUGCUAGAUCUCCAUUAGAGUGGCUACAGCUGCUCUUACCAACGCGCCCCGCGAUCCUACAUCCCCCACCGAACUCCCCCACAACCCCACCCAAGUUCGAUCGAAUCCUUGCCUAGCAUGGGCCUAAACGAGGACUUCGACGACCGACAGAUUCAAACCGAAGCCGAGCAACAACCAUACAUACCAUAUGAGUAUCAGACUGAGAACAAUGACUCGUGGGCUGGUGCCUUGCCGGUGAAGCAGGGUCUCUAUGACCCUUCUUAUGAGAAGGAUGCUUGCGGUGUCGGCUUUGCUUGCCACAUCAAAGGCAAGCCUAGCCACAAGAUUGUCAGUGAUGCCCGUAACCUUCUCUGCAACAUGACUCACCGUGGUGCCGUGGGAUCCGAUGCACGAGAUGGUGAUGGUGCUGGUGUCAUGACAUCCAUCCCCCACCGGUUCUUCAUCAAGAACUUUGAGAAGGAGGAGGACAUUAAGCUGCCUCCCCUGGGCCAGUACGCCGUGGGAAACCUGUUUUUUAAGCCCGACGAGGAGACUCUUCAAGAGUCCAAGAGGCAGCUGGAAGAUGUUGCCGAGUCGCUGGGCCUCCGAGUCCUUGGAUGGCGAAGGCCUCCUGUCGACUCGACUCUUCUAGGACCUGCAGCCAAAUCGCGCGAGCCUAUCAUCGCUCAGCCUUUUGUUGUCCUGGCCUCUGCUUACGGUACUGGAAAUGCUCCCGAAAUGACCGACCCUGAGAAGUUUGACGAACGCCUGUUUGAGAGACAGCUGUACAUCCUUCGAAAGCGUGCCACUCAGAGCAUUGGUCUUCACAACUGGUUCUAUCUCUGCUCCCUUUCAAACAAGAACAUCGUUUACAAGGGUCAGCUCGCUCCCGUCCAGGUUUACUCUUACUACCACGAUCUUGUCAACGCUGAUUACGAGGCCCACUUUGCUCUGGUGCACUCUCGUUUCUCUACAAACACUUUCCCCUCCUGGGACCGUGCUCAGCCUCUCCGAUGGGCUGCCCACAACGGUGAAAUCAACACACUACGAGGAAACAAGAACUGGAUGCGCGCCCGUGAGGGUGUCAUGCAGUCUGAUAUCUUCAAGGAGGAGCUCGAGCAGAUGUACCCUGUUGUCGAGGAUGGUGGUUCCGAUUCUGCUGCUUUCGAUAACGUUCUCGAGCUUCUUACAAUUAACGGUGUUCUCUCUCUUCCCGAAGCUGUUAUGCUCAUGGUUCCUGAGGCCUGGCAAGGCAACCAGCAUAUGGACCCCAAGAAGGCUGCAUUCUACGAGUGGGCUGCUUGCCAGAUGGAGCCCUGGGAUGGCCCUGCUCUGUUCACAUUCGCCGAUGGCCGAUACUGUGGUGCCAACCUUGACCGAAAUGGUCUCCGACCUUGCCGUUUCUACGUGAUGGACGAUGACCGUAUCAUCUGUGCUUCUGAGGUCGGAACUAUCCCCGUCGAGCCCGAGACUGUCAUCCAGAAGGGUCGUCUGCAGCCCGGUCGUAUGUUGUUGGUCGAUACACAGGCUGGUCGCAUCAUUGAUGACAAGGAGUUGAAGGAGGCUGUUUCGAGUCGAUAUGACUUCCGAGCCUGGCUCGAUAGUGAAUUGAUUACUCUGCCCAAGGUCGUUGAGAUCAUGGAGCAGGCCCUGGACCUUGCACCCAAGCUUGAUGACAAGGCUAUCCAGGCUGACCCCCUUCUCCUCUCCUACGGUUAUACCCAUGAGCAGGUUUCCCUAUUACUCGCUCCUAUGGCCGCUGAUGAGAAGGAAGCUCUGGGAUCCAUGGGUAACGAUGCUCCCCUUGCUUGCCUGACACAGGCUCCUCGUCUCCUCUAUGAUUACUUCCGACAGCUCUUUGCUCAGGUCACUAACCCUCCCAUUGAUCCUAUCCGAGAGUCCAUUGUCAUGUCUCUUGAAUGUUAUGUUGGUCCCCAGGGUAACCUGCUGGAGAUGGACGCUUCCCAGUGCGGUCGUCUUCUGCUUCCCAGCCCCAUCCUCUCGAUCGAGGAGUUCAAUGCCGUCAAGAACAUGUCCAACAAGUAUUCCGAUUGGACUGUCAAGACUAUUGAUCUGACCUUCCCCAAGAGCCAAGGUGUUCAGGGCUAUAUCAAGCAUCUCGAUGAGAUCUGUAACGAGGCCUCCGCCGCCAUCGAGGCUCGUGACCGUGUUAUUGUCCUUUCCGACCGCAACACCUCGGCUGACCGCGUGCCUGUUUCCGCUGUCCUCGCUUCUGCUAUGGUUCACCAUCACCUUGUCAGCAACAAGUGGCGAUCCAUGGUUGCUCUCGUUGUCGAGACCGCUGAGGCUCGUGAGGUUCACCACAUGUGUGUCCUCCUCGGUUACGGUGCUGAUGCCAUCAACCCCUACCUUGCUAUGGAGUGCAUUCUCAAGUUGAACCGUGAGGGUUUGAUCAAGAAGAAGACUACCAAUGAGACUCUUAUCCGUAACUACAAGCACUCCUGUGAUGGUGGUAUUCUCAAGGUUAUGAGUAAGAUGGGUAUCUCUACUCUCGCCUCUUACAAGGGUGCCCAGAUUUUCGAAAUCCUGGGUCUUGAUGAGACAGUUGUUGAGCGAUGUUUCAGGGGUACUGCUUCUCGUAUCCAAGGUAUGACUUUCGAGCUCAUUGCUGAGGAGGCAUUCCGAUUCCACGAGCGUGGUUUCCCCACCCGUGAGACUAUCCUCCCCUCUGGUCUUCCUGAGUCUGGCGAGUACCACUGGCGAGAUGGUGGUGAGCCCCACGUCAACGACCCUACCUCGAUUGCCAACAUCCAGGACGCCGUUCGCACCAAGAACGACAAGUCCUACGAGGCUUACUCCCGCUCCGAGUAUGAGCAGAUCAAGAACUGUACCCUCCGUGGUCUUCUUGACUUCAAGUUUGAGGACUGCACUCCUGUCCCUAUCGACCAGGUCGAGCCUUGGACUGACAUCGUCCGUCGCUUCUGCACUGGCGCCAUGUCGUACGGUUCCAUCUCCAUGGAGUCUCACUCUACUCUUGCCGUUGCCAUGAACCGUCUUGGUGGCAAGUCCAACACUGGUGAGGGUGGUGAGGAUCCUGAGCGGUCUCAACGUAUGCCUAACGGUGACACCAUGCGUUCUGCCAUCAAGCAGGUCGCUUCUGGUCGUUUCGGUGUCACUUCUGCCUACCUUGCUGACUCCGACGAGCUUCAGAUCAAGAUGGCUCAGGGUGCCAAGCCUGGUGAGGGUGGUGAGCUUCCUGGCCACAAGGUGUCCAAGUCUAUUGCUCGCACCCGUCACUCCACCCCUGGUGUCGGUCUUAUCUCGCCUCCUCCUCACCACGACAUUUACUCCAUUGAGGAUCUCAAGCAGCUGAUCUACGAUCUUAAGUGCUCCAGCCCUCGAUCCCGAGUCUCCGUCAAGCUUGUGUCUGAGGUCGGUGUCGGUAUCGUCGCCUCUGGUGUCGCCAAGGCCAAGGCCGAUCACAUCCUGAUCUCUGGUCACGAUGGUGGUACUGGUGCCUCUCGAUGGACUGGUAUCAAGUACGCUGGUCUCCCUUGGGAGUUGGGUCUGGCUGAGACUCACCAAACUCUGGUACUUAACGAUCUUCGUGGUCGUGUUGUUGUCCAGACUGAUGGCCAGCUCAAGACUGGUCGUGAUGUUGCCCUGGCUUGUCUGCUUGGUGCUGAAGAAUGGGGCUUUGCUACCGCUCCUCUCAUCGCUAUGGGCUGUGUCUUCAUGCGCAAGUGCCAUCUGAACACUUGCCCUGUUGGUAUCGCUACCCAGGAUCCUGAGCUUCGCAAGAAGUUCACUGGAACUCCCGAGCACGUCAUCAACUUCUUCUACUAUGUUGCCAACGAGCUCCGAGCCAUCAUGGCCCAGCUCGGUUUCCGAACCAUCAACGAGAUGGUUGGUCACGUCGAGGUCCUCAAGAUGCGUGAUGACCUUCGAACCAACAAGACAGCCAACAUUGACCUGUCUCUCCUCCUGACACCGGCACACAAGCUCCGACCUGGUGUUGCCACCUUCAACGUCCGAAAGCAGGACCACAAGCUCCACGUCCGACUCGAUAACAAGCUUAUCUCCGAGUCUGAGUUGACUCUCGACAAGGGUCUCCCCUCCAGAAUCGAGUGUGACAUCGUCAACACUGACCGAGCAAUGGGUACUUCCCUUUCUUACCACAUCUCCAAGCGAUACGGCGAGGCUGGACUGCCCAUGGACACUGUCCAUGUUAAUAUCAAGGGCUCCGCUGGCCAGUCUUUCGGUGCUUUCCUCGCUCCUGGUGUCACUCUUGAGCUCGAGGGUGAUGCCAACGAUUAUGUCGGCAAGGGCUUGUCUGGUGGUCGUCUGAUCAUCUACCCUCCCCGCUCCGCUGUCUUCAAGUCGGAGGAGAACAUCCUCAUUGGCAACACUUGCUUGUACGGUGCUACUACUGGUACUUGCUUCUUCCGUGGUGUUGCUGCCGAGCGAUUCGCUGUACGAAACUCAGGUGCUACCGCCGUUGUUGAGGGUGUUGGUGACCACGGUUGUGAGUACAUGACUGGCGGUCGCGUUGUUGUUCUUGGAUCUACUGGUCGCAACUUUGCUGCUGGUAUGUCUGGUGGUAUUGCCUACAUCUUGGAUGUUCAUGGUGAUUUCCACUCCAAGCUCAACGGCGAGAUGGUCGAGGCCAGUGGUCUUGAAGACCCUGCUGAGAUUGCUUUCGUUCGCGGUCUCAUUGAGGAUCAUCACCACUACACUGGCUCCGAGCGCGCAGCUCGCAUCCUGGUUGACUUUAACCGAGCUCUUCCUCGAUUCAUCAAGAUUCUCCCUGUUGACUACAAGCGUGUCCUCGAGGAAGAGGCUGCCAAGGCUGCUGAGGCCAAACGUGCUGAGUACAACCUUCCUGCUGUCUCUGGUGUCCAGCACAAGAAGUCCGAGAAGGUUGCCAAGCUCCAGGAUCUCGAGGAGGCUGUUGGUGACAACGCUGCCGAGAAGAAGCGUGCCCUUGUUCUCGACAAGACUCGAGGCUUCAAGAUGUACAAGCGCCGCCAGGAGAAGUACCGACCUGUCAACUCUCGUCUCAAGGAUUGGGCUGAGCUGAGCUCUCGUCUGGACGAGGACGAGCUCAAAUACCAGUCAGCCCGUUGCAUGGACUGCGGUGUUCCUUUCUGUCAGUCCGAGACUGGUUGCCCUAUCUCCAACAUCAUCCCUAAAUGGAACGAAUUGGUGUUCCAGAACCAGUGGAAGGAUGCUCUCAACCGUCUCCUCAUGACCAACAACUUCCCCGAGUUCACUGGCCGUGUUUGCCCGGCUCCUUGUGAGGGUGCUUGUGUCUUAGGUAUCAACGAGGACCCUGUUGGUAUUAAGUCUAUUGAGUGCGCCAUCAUUGACCGUGGCUUCGAGAUGGGAUGGAUGGUUCCUCAGCCUCCCAAGGUCCGGACUGGCAAGACUGUCGCGAUCAUUGGAUCCGGCCCUGCUGGUCUGGCCGCUGCUGAUCAGCUCAACCGUGCCGGUCACCUCGUUACUGUCUACGAGCGAGCUGACCGUCUUGGAGGUCUUCUUAUGUAUGGUAUUCCCAACAUGAAGCUCGACAAGCGUAUUGUCAAGCGCCGUACCGAUUUCAUGGCCUCUGAGGGUAUUAUUUUCAAGACUGGCGUUGCUGUUGGCGAGGAGGGUCACCCCUCUCUCAACGAGCUCCGAGCCAGCAACAGCGCCGUCGUCAUUGCAACUGGUGCUACUGUUGCUCGCGACCUUCCUAUCAAGGGCCGUCAGCUCGAGGGUAUUCACUACGCUAUGGAGUUCCUCCACAAGAACACCAAGUCUCUCCUUGACUCCGAGCUUGCUGACAACACCUACAUCUCCGCCAAGGGCAAGGACGUUGUGGUCAUCGGUGGUGGUGACACUGGUAACGAUUGUAUUGGUACUUCUCUCCGUCACGGUGCCAAGUCCGUCACCAACUUCGAGCUUCUGCCUCAACCUCCUCCUGAGCGUGCCAACGACAACCCUUGGCCUCAGUGGCCUCGUAUCUACCGUGUUGAUUACGGUCACACUGAGGUUCGCCAGCACACUGGCAAGGAUCCUCGUGAGUACUGCAUCAUGUCUGAGGAGUUCAUGGAUGAUGGCUCUGGCAAGGUCAAGGGCAUCAACACCAUCCGCGUGGAGUGGACCAAGUCUCCUAGCGGUGGUUGGGACAUGAAGAAGGUUGAGGGCUCUCAGCAGUUCUUCCCUGCCGACCUCGUCCUCCUUGCCAUGGGUUUCCUUGGACCUGAGGCUCGUGUUCUUGGUGACGAGAUCGAGAAGGAUGCUCGCAAGAAUGUCAAGACUGCCCCCGGCAAGUACAGCACCAACCUCGAGGGCGUCUUCGCUGCUGGUGACGCCCGCCGCGGACAAUCUCUCAUUGUCUGGGGUAUCAACGAAGGACGCCAGGCUGCUCGCGAGAUUGAUCUUUAUCUUGAGAAGUACACCAACCUGCCUGUUACUGGUGGUAUCACCAAGCGCACUGCGCAGGAGAUUUUCAGCCAGAUCAAGGUCGAGGCUUGAAUAAAAUUUGCAUAGUUCCAUUAUUUAUUCUCUCUUUGGGGCACAGGAGCAACGGAUCGGAUACAUGAUACCAUGACCAUGGAAUCGGAUAUGAUAAAAGGUGUCUGUUCAGGAAUGAUGGAUGUUUUUAGUUAUACCAAUUUGAAUGACUGUUGGCUACGACGAGCUAUCAGAAUAUUUGAUUUGAU